AUGCACUUUCCAGUUCCUGAUCCAAAGCGUAGCCAAAUUGCGCAAGCGUGCUCCGGGUCUGGACAUCCCGACGCACCCUCACCCUCACUACUCACCAUCGCACCUGAGCUACGCAAUCAGAUCUAUGAGUACCUGCUUGUCGAUCCUGACCCUAUCACGAUUGAGAACACCACGGUUGAUUAUACAAAGACCAAGGCAGCCAAAGGGAUUCCUACCUCCGUACAAAGCCCUGCCGUCAUCCGUACUUGCCGUCAGAUCUACCACGAAGCAGUCGGUCUCCUUUACAGCCGGAACGCCUUCCGCUUUAAUUACAACCUUCACUUUGAUGAAACAUGCGCCAAUACUUUCACGAGUCCCAUCGAAGUAUGCAAAGAAUGGAUAGACGGCAUUGGCUCUUGCCUUCCGAGAUUGCGCACUAUCACCAUCAACAUGGACAUACCCGAGAUACCAGAUGAUGCACCAUGGCAGGAAUUUUACGAAGUCGAAUUCGAUGUGCGCCACGAUUCCCGCCAGUGUUUGAACGUGUUGCCGUUACUUGACGUCUUCUGGAACAGCGACGUGCGCAACACAUCAGUUAUCCUUGAGAGGGCUGAUAACGAUGCAUCAGAUGACUACGACUCAGAGUCAGAAGAACCAGAUCUUGACGUAACGUUAUUCGCCAAUGUCCUUUCCGAGCUAGGGAAGAUGGAUGCACUCGAUUUGCGGAAAACACGUCGCUUGCUAGAAGGGAUCUACGUGAACACGACGGGGACCCAAGGCACCAUUGCAUAUCGUUCGACCAGUAGCAACGGUACUGUGCGGUGUAAGUUUGGGCAUUCGGUCGAGACACAGCGAUACGACAUCGUUGCUCUACGGAGCCCACCAACCUUAUUCAAUCUGCCAGGGAAUAUUACCGAUGCUAUCAUUUGGCUUGCACUCGAAGAUCAGAAAUUCACCUAUAACUUCCACACGGGUGUCACGAAUGGAACCCAACCCGGCAUGCUCAACGUCAAUUCUCAGCUUCGGAAGCUUGUUGCACCUUCGUUUCUAUGCAAAAGCCGCUCUACCAUGAUACUGGGUACUAAUUCUCUCCACUCUACCAAGACAAUGUUCGAAAAACUUGAUCGUCGCGUUGCAGAGUAUUACAAGCAGACCUGGUCUUCGGAGCGGGAUCCACCGACGUUCUGUAAUCCGGUUUCAGCAACUACUUGUCUCAUUAACGCACCAACGAUCGUCUUGCAGUUCCAAACAAACGAGUCGCCACACCUAGCCACCGUUCAUAUUGACGCAUGGGAUCUCCUUCGUGUCACUGCGAUAUUUCCAGCCCGCACUACAAUUACUGUCCGCGUAUGCGGUGACCGUGGCGAGCUUCGGGAUCAUACUACGACCUUAGGCGAUAUCAGAAAGAACGCCUAUCUACUUUUAAAGCACCUCAAGCCUGAAUUAAACGCAGAUGCGUGCAAGCUAGGUGUCAAAGUUGAGCUUGACCGCCAGUGUAUCCCCAUGCAGAUUGCCUUCCGGAAGAGUGUCGAGGGUCCGCAUCUUUUCGGCUUGCCUACGGUGAAGAGUUUAGACACGACUGAGUUCACCUCGUUGUUUGAUAAAGGUAAUCCAACAUGGUGGAAUAAAGUGCAUACAGAGCACGAUCUCGAGUUUUGGGCGAUGCCAUACUGGCCAGAAGAAACCGGCAACUGUGCGGACUGGUACAACUUGACUCUGGAUGCCAUUAUUUCGCGUCUUUAUUACCUCUGCGAUUGA